UACCUCAAUACCAGCUGUAUUACUGUGUUAAAUAUUAUAAUAUACCUACUGAUUAUAAUUUAUAAUAUUAAAAAUAUUAAUAUAGUAAUUGGUAAAUAUUGUUUAUACUCUAUAGUCUAUACUAGUCUAUUCUCUACUACUUUACACUUACAUAGUAACAACUUUGCAAGUUGUGAAUUGUGUACGUGUACUUAGACCCCGAAGACUUUCUAUAACUAGAUACGGUACCUAUUUGUGUGGUAAAAUGGGUACUAAAGUAUGUGAUAUUGGAGAUGAUGUUAAGGAAACAUUGAGAAAGUUUCGGUUCCGUAAAACAACAAAAAAUGCCGCUCUUAUAAUGAAAGUAGACAGAGAAAAACAGCAAGUAUGUGUAGACGAAAUGUUGGAUGAUGUUACUCUUGAAGAACUAAGAGAAAUUUUACCGGGUCAUCAGCCACGUUACAUAAUUUAUUGCUGUAAAAUGGAACAUGGAGAUGGCCGAGUGUCAUUCCCAAUGUGUUUCAUUUAUUUUACUCCAAGAGAUAGUCAUAUGGAAUUGCAAAUAAUGUAUGCAGGUACUAAAAUGGCUUUACAACGUGAAGCUAACUUGACUAGGGUGUAUGAAGUAAGAGAAUUGGAUGAAAUGACAGAUGAGUGGUUACAAGACUGUGUUAUGGGAAAGUAAUAUUUUGUACAAAUGUAAAACAAUAUAUUAUAAAUGACAUAAAAUAGGUUUUAUAAUGAAUUCAUAGUUUUUCAAAAAAAGACCAUUAAUUAAUUUAAUAACACAUUAUACUGACCCAUAUUUAUUUUAAAUAAUCAAUAUCCAUUUUUAGAUGUUACAGUGAAUAGAAUAAGUACAAACCAUUAUUCUAAAUUUUUAAAAAUGAAAUUUAACUGUUAAUUGAUAUAUAUAUAUUUUUUUUUUAUAAUAUUUGACACCCCAUAAAAAUAUUUUAUAUUUAAAAUAUUUGAGUAUCCUUAACAUUAGAAUCACUAAGCAUUCCUUUCGAUUUUUCACUUUUAUGUGUAUUAUGAUAAAGUAUUUUUUUUAAUUGUACAUCAUAAUUUUUAUAACCUGAAAAUUAACAAAACCUUGUUUUUAUAUGAAUAUUAUAUUUUUAAUAAUUUAGGUUAUCUAAAUUACAAGUGUGUGAUUUUUUUACUGAACUGUAACUAUAUUUAUACAAAAUUUUUAUAUUACUACAACAUAUAGUUUUUAAGUGAAUUCAUAUUUUAGUAAACAUUAUUUAAUGUUAAAUUAAUCUAUUAUAUUAUUUGUUCAUUUUUUUGUUAAAUAAUUUAUUUUUAAAUUUGUUAAAUUAUAUUUUAUAAUAUCCGUGGUGUAAAAUUUUCUUUGAAAAUUACACUUUGCUAAUAGUUUGUAAUACACAAUAUCAUUUUUUUUAUAAUAAAUUAUCAAGUGUGUUUUUA